AUGUCGCGACUACCAAUUGAGCCAUCUGUCAAAGUUGCGGGCGGGGCGGAGCGGAAAGGGGCGUGGCUUGGCCGCUUGGCGGGAUACCUGGAGGGUUCGAGGGACGACGACCAUCAUCAUCCUCUUGCCCCAGGAAUUGAAUCUUUUACUACUACCACCAUCAAUUCCGCCAAGUUGGUCAAUACUAUUCUCCCAACUCACCUUAUUCAUUGUUUGCAAGCGAGACAUCCCGAGGACCGUCUACAACUUGUGGACCGCAUCGCAGUGGAAGAUAAUUCCCUGGCCGUCUGCGCAGCUUUGGAAGGGCUCGUGCGCGUGGCAGGCGUCAGUUCCCGUUGGGAGGGCAGAGCAGCAGUAAUCGCAGGUGGUGCCGACGACGAGGGUGCAUUCGGUGUUGGAUGGCGGCUCGCACUGGCGCUUGACGACGAUGGCGCUGGCAGCCGCGGCGAAGAGGAGGACGGAGGUGAUUGUGAUCUUCAUGUUGAUUUAUUUGGUGGUGAUUUGAUGAGAUAA